AUGUCAAAUUUAAAUAAAAACUAUCUCCAAAAAAAAUUCAACGACAACAUAUACAAAGAAUCAAUAACCACACUGACAAAUUCAAGUGACGAAAUAAUAAAACUCGAGAGACAAUUCCGCAAUGCGUACAUGUUAAAAUCAUUAGAGGCGCAAAUGGCUGAGAAAGAGGCAAAUAAAAUUGCCCAAUCAGUGCAAGAUAAAUUACAAAUAGAUUUAAUUGCUUACGAGAAUAGAAAAGCGAUUGAGAAUGAUCUUAAGAAAGCGAGCCAGAUUAAAAAAGAUCGUCGAGAGUGCGUUGAAUAUUUGCGCAAACAAAUUCUCCUUAGAAAAGAAAUGGCCUUAGCUGAAGAAGAACGCUUGAAGGAGGAGCGAAGAAAAUUGGAAGAAGCUGAUGAGGAAGUCGAGAGGAUGGAAGAAGUUCAAAAGAGGGAAAAGCGGGAGUUUUUGGCGCGAAAAUUUAAAUAUGAGAAGCAAAUUGGGGACGAAAUUAGGGAAAUUUUGAGUGUUAAGAAGCAGGAGGAAGAAGCGGAGGCGCUGAAAAGAGAUCGAAUUUAUCAGGAGAAUCUUAAUUCGAGGGUCAAAAAGUGGAAGCAGGGAAGAAUUGUUGAUAAAAGCCAGGAGCUGAAGCGGGAAGAAAUUAUUUGCGAAUUAAUGGCUGAAGAUAUUAAGCGCGAGUUGAUUGUUAAGGAGUAUGAAGAUUUAUUGCUAAAGCGGGAGAAGAAAGCUAAGCUUAGCAAGGAUCUCAAGGCUCAGGUUCUUCUAAAUGUCCAGCUAGAAGACCAAGCGAUUAAAAGAGAGACUCUGCUCGCGGAGCAGGUUAUCAAGAGAGUUAUGGAAGAGGAUUAUCUGGCGAGACUCACUGAUCAAGCACGAAAGCGUAAACAGCGACAGUAUAAAGAAGAUUUAGAGAAGUUUAUUGAGGACGCAAGGAGAAUACGAAGAGAAAUUGUGAUAAGGGUUCAAGAAGAAUUUGAAUCGGCGGUGAGGGUUCAGAGGGAAUUAAGGGAGAGGAAAAUUGAGGAUCAUCGCAGGAGAUUGAUUGACCGGCAUGCUAUAAAUGUUGCCGCUUAUCUCAGAAAUGGAAUUUUGGGCGGGGAGAUUAAGGAAUAUAUGAAUUAA